UUCAGAUAUUGUUAGCUCCUUCAAACAGUAGAGAUGAUCUAUUCUCCUUCAUGAAGUUUCUUGUGUUUAAAUUGUUAGCAACCUUGGCACAUAUUUAAAUGAAGGUCAAGCGUGUUAAGAAUUAUAGAAAAACAAUCGACAUUUAUGACGCACAUUUCGGUCUUGAGACUAAUCCACUUGAAAUAUUAGUCGAUAGCACUUUUGCUCGUCAGGCCCUAGUUCACCAACUCCACAUAGAACAACAAUUUCAAUGCACUUUAUCUUGUGAAUUUAGUCUUGUUACAACAUCUUGUGUUGUUUCAGAGUGUGAAAGUCUGGGCCAGUUAUUCCAUGGAGCACUAUGUAUCCUCAAGGGAUAUAAAGUUCUGAAAUGUACACACAAAAUCAAUCCUAAUAAUUCCGCAUUUUCUUGCAUAAAAAAGAGAAUUCGAACAGCUGGAUCCAAAAAGUGGUCUGAAUCAAACCCCAAGAAGCGUAGUUUGUUGUUUGCCGUGGCUACCAAUGAUGAAUCUCUUCAGCAUCAUGCUCGAGCAAUUCCUGGAAUGCCGAUAUUUUACGUUGCACACAGACGGAUUAAUAUGGAAAGUAUGCCUGAAGAAGUUUCGUUGCUUUUAAAAGAGAAGGCAACGAAGGCACUUGGUUUGACCUGCGCAGAGGUGAGUUUUUUAGUUUAAAGUGUGGUUUGUUUUAAUUCUCACGUUUCGCUUCAAACAAUAAAUAAGAUUAUGACGUAAUGUUGUCAAAAUACAAUUGCUACUAAGAUGUCAAUCGUACUAAUAAGUCUGGUCUAUAAGGGACUUUAUAGGGAGCACGGUAACAGAGCAAUUUUUAGAGUAAAUGUCCAAGUUAAUGAAAUGAUGUUGUAACCGUAUAUAAUAAAAAAUACAGUUAACGAGUUUUAUAUAUUAAGGGUUACUUGGUAAAAAAGUCAAAGUCCGCUGCUACAAAUUAUUAAUAUAAUACACAGAAGCGUUCAUUUCUGGAGUCUUUUCUAUGAGUGAAAGCUGUGCACCAGUUUUAGAAUAGUCUUCGAAUGAGAUUGAGAGGUUUGGGCAAAAUUCAAAGGAUACGACAUGGUUAAUAGUGAAGCAAGUAAACAGUAUGGACCAGUGAGAAGACGAAGCGUCGAGCAGCACACUAUUUUAGAUUUUACUUCGAAGCUAUGUAUAUUUUACAAUGAGUCGUUUUAAAAUCUAACAAAGAAAAAACUGCACAAUCAUAUUGUUCCAGACUCCACAAGGCUUGUAACCGUGCGUGUCUGUCUGAUUGUCUCUCAGACUUUACAAAGAACAGUAAGCGUGACUCUUGGUUACAUCGAAACACCAUUGAAAAUCUUUUCCGGAAAAUAAAUGUUGAACUAUUUUGGAGUUUUUAAAGUUCCUUCAACCUUUGGUUGCUCAGUUAUAUAUCAAUGGCAUAUCUUGCUUGUAGUAUAACUGUUGGGCAGAUGAGGUUUGUUCGUUGUUAUCGAAAGUAUCUUGAGUAUUCUAGAGUUCGUCGGUUAAUCACUCGAUUUCAAAGCAUGCUCUGUUCGCAAAGAAAAGUGACAUCCUAGGAAAUUGAGCUGAGUAAAAUUGAACACGUGUUUAUUUAUCUUCAAGAUAGAUGUAUACUUCACUGAAGUUGGAAAGUAAAAGAAGACAAGUUUUCUCGGAAUUUGAAUAGUAAUAUCACAAAUAAUGAAGUAUUAUGCUAAAUCUACUACUAGACCUUUGUUUAGAUCAGACAAGCUUUUCGUUACCCGUGGAGUUAUGAUUUAUGGAUAUACUGACGUGAUAACCUCACUAGUUAGUCUUGAUUCGUUUAUUCAUUGCGUGAUUUCAUAAGGUCACACAACCAUUCAUAUUCGUUUAUUUGACUUAAUUGCCUAAGAUUUUGUAAAUAUCACAUACCAUGCAUUUUGUCUAGUAUAAGUUGUUGUCAUUUAGGUCGUUGUUUUUCCCAGUCUGACUUUUGUGUCUAUCUCAGUGUAAGGGAUAUCUUCAAGUGAUCAAUUAGUUGUAGUGUCGUGUCAGGGAGCAUAUUCUAGUCCACUUUAACGAAUGCACAACCUCGGUAACACUCCAUCAUAACAAACUUUGAACAUCAAAAAGGUGAUAAGUGACUGGAUUAUUACCGAGCAGUAAAUAACCAUCAAUCCCUGCCCGACGCACCUCAAAGCCUGGUCGUUAGUUAGCUUGAAAAUGAGGAAAUGUUGAAAGUAACAUUAACAACUUCACCGUGUAGAAAGAGCGCCUCUUGGAAACUUGGAAAAGACUGAAGCCCUACUUUCCAUUGGGGAAGCACCAAGGACUUCAUGCAUUAGUCAUUUCAUGUUACGAUUUUUGAUUUUACCAUGUUCAAUCGAUCCCCCCAUGUCAUUAAGCAUUGUAUGCAAUUAUUCGUUACUUAAAUCCAUCAAAACCUAGUUCAGAAAGUUGAAAAUCAAGUAGGCAAAAUAAACAUACAUAAGAAAGUACCAGGAUGUCACUUAAUUUGUUUCCAAAGGGCAUCGCAGACGAACUAAAUAUGUUUUCAAAUAAAUAGGACGGAAACAGUGUUAAAAUAGUACCUGAGACUGCUGUUUAGCAGACCAAGUUGCCAAACCUAAUAUUCACGCAUCAAGAAAGUGAUAAAAUGAGGAUCGGAUAAAUGAAAACAAUACAGCUAAACGUAAAAUAAACCGAAUCAUCGAUGUAGAAUUUUGCACAAAAGUACAUGAGUCCGAAUCGCAAUUCUUAUGAAAAGUAAAGAAAUGAAUUAUAAUGGAAAUCCAGUAGACGAAGUGUAUGAAAGAGAGGUUGGAGGAAGACUAAGUGAGGAGUUUCGUAAUCUGAGAGAUGAUUAGAAGUUAAUUGAUCUGUAUUGCUGCAGAAAAUUUUUGAGCCAUCUAGGCAAGUGUCUAACGACUGAUUCUGAAGACUUCGAAGACCCAACCAAACAGUUACGGCUCAAACCAAUAGUUAGAAACUUCAGAGAUUGGCGUCAUGUUUUCGUCUGAUCAUCGCUAAAUCUUUUUCGAUUUAAUUCUGCUCAACAAGGUAGGCAGCGCCUCGACAUGUUCGUCGCUAUCAUUUGCAUACUUCAGAUUACCGAGAUUCUACCCUAGCAAUAGGUUAAUCUCUGAUGUAUUUAAGUCGACACACGCCACCACCAGUAGUAGAUCUAUAAUAAGAUUAAAUAGAAUUGUUCAUAUAGAACGUGUCUGAGGAACACUACCGACUGUUGUCACUUCGAUUGACAACUCUUUAUAAGCUUUUACACGACUACAUGAGUUCCAGCGUUCUGAUUAAUACACUAUGCUUUCUUAGGAUUCCAGUCGCAGCAAAACAUUAUGGUUGACGGAGUCAAACGCCGCCUUCAGAAAUAUGGCAAGUUUUGGACGCCGGUAAGUAUACCUAUGUCCCCGAACCUGUCGAUCGCUGGAGAUAUGAUUAACAUAUUCUAAACCUAACAUACUCUUUGACUAUAUAACCUAUGUUAGUCAAUCCGACUCACAGAACAAUUCGUUUUCCCAUAAACUGAGAUGAACUACUUACACCAGCCCGUUAAAAAUAUUUCAGGAUCCCAUACACUAGCUAAUGCUUCAGUCAAUCUGGUCAGUAGUUCAUCGCCACAAUCCUUAAGUUUUUUUAUAUAACACGUAUCCUCAGUGUGCAUUCAUCUUCAUGGCUAUUCACUGAUUGGUUUGUUUCUUGGUGAAGGUCAUCUUUACGUAAGACGUCAUUGGUAAUCUCGAAGACAGUAGUCCUUAUAUGGAUCCAGUUACGUGUAUUAUUUAUUUUCAGAGCACUACAAUCAAACAACUAGGAGACAGGUUUGGCUUCUCCGAAGUAAAACCUAUACGCAAAAAGAAAACUAAAGGACCCAAUCCGCUAUCUUGCAAACGAAAAGCACGUGAGACACCAGCCAUAAUUUUGUCGAAAACUAAACGAAAGCGUAAAAGGAAGCGUAUCAAGGUAACAUGGGCAAUGAAACAAGCUAUAGAACAACUCAAAUCCAGAGUGAAUGACUGAGAUCACUUUUCAUACAAUUUUGCUCUUACAGAAUACACACUUCCCAAUACCUUAUCUUUAUUCUCUUUGGGCCCGAUGAUAUAUAUAUAUAUAUAUAUAUA